CUUCAUUUUGAGUAAAGCACUUUAAAAAUCACUAUAGCUCACGAGGACUCGAACACGCAACCUCAGGUCUUCUGACCUGACACUUAUCCCUCUGAGCUAUCUGUCCUGAGAUGAUUACGUUUCGAAGAGCUUAUGACCGGUUCAUUUGGGUUUUUGAACCUUAAAGAUUACUGCACCUGAAAAGCCUUGAACCCACAACCUCCUGUCUCACAGUCUGUGUUCUAUCCCUCUAAGCCACUUGACCAGUGACUGCUACAUCUCAUUUGGCUUUUUUCACACCAUUUUGGAUGUUUUACCUGAAAACCAGUGCAAAUAAAGAAGAUUGAACACACAACCUCCAGUCUUCAAGGCCGAGAACAGACCCAAUCCGGCCACCAUCACAUGUACAUGAAGACCUGUGCUCCGGGCGCAUUUAUCUUCUUCAUUUUGAGUAAAGCACUUUAAAAAUCACUAUAUCUCACGAGGACUCGAACGCAGUUCUCAGAGCAGUCUUUCCCAGGGUGGAGGGCUGCAUCAGCUGCUGGAUGGAGGCAGGGUGGAGGGCUGCAUCAGCUGCUGGAUGGAGGCAGGGUGGAGGCCGCAGGCAGACAGUGCUUUUCUCCUGGCUGAAAGCUGCCAGCAGGGGGCGCUGAGGGUCACUUUGCCUCUCUGCCAAACCGAAAAUUAAACACCGAAGAGAGACCACGUGACUGUUUGUGAUUGUCGCUAUCAGUAGCUAGAUGGUGAGGCUCUCAGAUGGAGGCAGAGUGUGAGCCGGUCCCUGUGGGCGAUGAAGAUGAAGGAGUGGAUGAAGCCAUGCUGUGGUCCUUCCAGGAGGCCCUUGAGAGGCAGACUCUGCAGAUCGGAGCCUCGGCCUGCGGGGCCACAGCGGUGGUGGACGUGCUGAAGGCCCUCGGGGUGGACGUGGCCCCUGAGGAAGCAGAUCGAUGCGUCAAAACACGCCUGAGGAGGAAUGAGGCCCCGCUGCCCGAAUACCUGCUGUCCCGGAGCCACGCUGGUGCGACUCACGCUCAGCUCAUCCAUGGAGCGCAGGAUGCGAGUGAGGGGAAGGUGAUUGGUCGAUUCUUCCACUUUUAUCCUCGCCGUCGUAUCGGACUCACCCAUUGGCUCGCUCGCUGGAUCCGAAGCGGUGCUGUUCCCGUGGCGACCAUGAAUAUGCAAAUGGCCGUCCCUGAGGGAGAGGAAGUGCCCGACGCCUGGCACCAUCAGCUGAUAUUCGGGGUUUCACCCAACGCUGUUUUCAUGACCAAUCCGUUAGAUGUAGAAAGUGAGGGGGGGGUGCACCAGAGACUCUGCAGUGAAUCGGUGCUGCUGAUUCGUCGAGAAGACGUCCUGCUGAGACUGAAUCCAGAUUGCUGCCUGUCCGGUUUAUCAGAGAAGCAGUCCGACCCGCGCUGGAGAGCCAUGGAUGUCGAGGGUCAAGUGAAGCAGAUGGUUCGAGAAGAGGAAGAGGAAGAGGAACCAAGGUUAACACACAUCAGGAUUCCUGCAGCGUACAGGUCAGGCGUCACACUUUUCGCCCUCAGAGAGUCAGAGUUAGGACAGAAACUCCUCAAAGCUCCUGAACUCCCUCUGCUGUGAACAGACUGGACUUAAAGCUUUGCUGGACUGCCACACAUGGACUUAAAGCUUUGCUGGACUGCCACACAUGGACUUGGAUAGACAUGGAUCUGUCUAUCUGUCUGUCUGUCUGUCUGUCUAUCUAUCUGUCUGUCUGUCUGUCUGUCUGUCUGUCUGUCUGU